AUGUGUGGUGCUUCUCGCCUCUAUCAUUCUCCCUACUAUCUGGAGGAGAAGCAGGAGGAGGAGGAGGACGGGGAGGAGGCUUCGUCCGCUAAUGGCACAUCUCUUACCGCGGUCGGCCCCAUGACUGGGGUGGAGACGGAACUUUUACGGGCUUACCGCAACCGCAGACGAACUGACGAGAUACCCACGGAAGUGACGAGGGAUAGUUCAAAUCCAUCAAAGGUGGACGAAGAAGAUCUGGUGCGUCAGGUGGCCAUUGAGAAGUUUAAGAACAGCAUUCUUCAGCGGUUACACCUCUCCAGGCCCACCAUUAUGGAGGACGUAGAAAGCGCCGUAAAUGGCACUGAUGAAAUAAUGGAGGCUCUUCCGCUGUUCUUGAAACGGCGCAUCCUCAAUGAAGUCGAAAGUACGAAUGGAAUACUCGAACCACCAGUUGAGAGAACCGAGGAAAAGGAGACGAUUGUACUGAUAAAACCACGUGAGUCUCCUUAUUACCGUUUGGUGGGCAUCCGUUUUCAGCAAGUACGCUGCUUUCCCGAGGCAGGGCAGUUGCAUGCAGUUUCUAAGGGCUUCCUAUCUACAGACAGAACGUAAAAUGUUGACUUAUAUCUAAUGCCCAUAUAUGUACGCCCCAGGAAAUCGCUGCACUGGCGAGUUCCGUGGAAUGGGACACUACUCCACCUCUCAUAUUCUUAAGUACACGGAAAUCUGGAAACAUACCCUGGUUCAUUCGAUAAGCACCUCAGACGGAGUAGCGCGUGUCGUCCCUAUUCCACUCACGGCAAAACAACUGACAGAACUUAAUGGCCUUGCAUGCUCUAGCAGACCUCAUACCCUUUCAUGCGCGUGAGGUCCGAUCCUCCCCCCCCCCCCCCCCCCCC